UUUGAAUUUGCCUAGUGCAGUUGUAUUUUUACAUCCCAGGUGCAUGCCUUUUACAUUGGUAAAACUAAUGUUUUUGCUACUAAAGUUCUACUAUAGUUUAUAUAAACAAGCUGCUGUGUAGCCAUGGGGGACUUUAUUCAUUGCUGAAAAAGGAGAAAAGGCACAGGAUACACAGCAGAUGGAUAUGCUUUAUAGUAUUUUUAACAGUGGGAUUCUACAGGGCUUAUCAGUUAUCUAUUUUAUACCCUGUACGGUGGUGACAUCAUUCAGGGACCUGGCUGGUUGGCCAGUGUAUGGCCAUUAUAGUCUUAUAAGUUUCUGUUACAAAAGCGGAAGGCAAGAAAAUCUGACAGCCUACCCAUGGGCCAUAUUUAAAUAAAAAAAGUUGGGGGGCAACACAAACAUGAAAAAAGUUCCUUGGGGUGCCCAAUAAGAGCCGUUAAUGGUAAUUUAGUAAUUCCUAUGUGGACUGGCAGACUACUGGUGGGUCUGUUUGGCAGUUAAAAUGGUCUUUAUGCCUUCAAAACUUACCUACAAGUCAGAAAUCCAAAAAUGAACACUUGCUUUGAGGCUACUGGAAAAUACAUCAAAGAGCUUGGAGAGCAACAUGUUACUCGCAAGCCACUGGUUGAGGACCACUGGCCUAGAUGUAUUGCCUGCUGUUAUCACUAUUUUGACUAUAUUAAGGUUCCACUUAUUUUUAAUCACCAUUAUUUUCCACCUCAGUAAUAACAAUGUAAGACAUACAGUGAAACACUACUCGUCUCAUGCCUCCCACGCACCUCUAUCUGCUCACAUGUGGGGGUUUCCUGGGUAUUUUUUCACCUUGUCCCCAAUGUGUUUUUGUUUUUUAGCUGACAUUUAUAUGUUUCUGUCAUGUGACUUCCAGCUCUGGUCCCCAGAAACCAAAACCACACGGGAAAGGUGGCAGGGAGAGGUGGAGGCGUCAUGGUUAAUGACCUAGCGAGAGAAAGACAGAGGGAGAAGUGUAAAAGGGACGUAAAUACUGCAAAGGAAGUACAAGUUCUCAGAAAAGAGUCUGCAGCUGACAAAGGCUCUGACUCCCCUGAGAAACGGGGAAAGGAAACCAAGUGCAGAGAGAAAAGUUUGACUGACAGAGCCGCCUCAAGAGGCAAGGGGGAUAUGCAACAAGAGUCUGACAGAAAUGAGCAGGGCUAUGCCAGCUCUUCCUCUUCUAGCACCAAACAGGAUUCUUCAGACGAUACAAAGAAAAUUCAGAGAAGAGAAAAAAAUAGGAUUGCAGCACAGAAAAGCCGUCACCGGCAGACACAGAAAGCAGACUUGUUGCACAUUGAGAGUGAGAAUUUGGAGCGCCUGAAUUCGGUACUACGGGGAGAAAUCUGUGGUCUGCGAGAGGAACUCAAAUACCUCUCAUGUGUGCUUAGUACUCAUCAACCUGUUUGUGUCCUCGGUCCAACAAAACCACAAGCAAUUCUCCCACACGUUGGAUCCACUCGCUACCAGCACUAAGGAGAUAGGGACAGUGAUACCACAUGAAUGAACAAUAACAUAGUUCAUAAAAGGAUAUGCUCUUGGGCUCAUGAUUGCAUGUUGGGUUUCCGGGUAUGUUCUCUAAAGCGAAUGUAGAAAAGUGCAUUUGUCUGUUGUAGAAUGCCUGAAUGUGCUGAAAAAAAAACACCUAGAUAUCAUGUGUUGGGCAACUCUUAAUAUAAGGAGUUCACAUUAGAUGGGCAGAUGUUAUAAAAAUGCAAAGUACAUGUGAGUGUUUGAGAUCUAUUUAUACAAUAUAGGAAAGCAUACAUUGU